UAUUUUUAAAUAUCACACACGGUCACACUCAAUAUUUGCCGCAUAAAAACGCGCUUCUCCAAAAGUGUUGUUUGUUACGAGUUCGGAUUAAAUUGUUGUGAAAAUGAGUGAUGAUACGUUGCCCACAUUUGCACUAGGUGAUGCACUCGCCACACGUUGUGGCAACACACUCACCGCAAGUUUUGUGCCCGGCGGCUCUAAAAUAGCGUUAAGCGCUUAUCGCCCCUUAAAAUGGAGCAGCCGCGAUGCUCCCAGCGACUCAGCUGGCCAGGACAUGGUGCUGAUUCACAUGGCACAAGAAUCGUCCCUCUACACUGAGCCCCUCUUACGCAGCUUGUUAUCAGAGACGAAUGCCACAUUUCAGACACUGCAAACAAUGUGUCAAGUUCAGCACGGCACGAAGAAGGGAUCCGAAUAUAUUAAAAUAUCGCGAACUUAUCGCAGCAUAGUGCGCUGCUGCCUGGAGAAACUUGAGCAUGCCAAGAAAAUGCCCGAAGUACAGGAAGAUGAAACCAAGGAGCAACAGUAUGCGGAUGCAAUUAUGACAUUUUAUGCGAUCGAGUGUCUGUGGUAUCUCUUUGAAAUACUCUAUAUGCAGCAACACCACAAUCAGCUUAUUGUGCCCCAGCUUCUCGAAUGGACACGCUUCCACUAUCCACACACGGAAGAUCGAGCGACCGACUUAUUGCUGAUGGCCGAAGAGGCAAGCGAAGUGGACAAUUACUGGGAUACGUUAAAGACACUAGUAAUGCUCGGCCACCUGGAUGUGACGCGUGCCAUACUCUCGCAGCACCGCAAAGCCAACCAGGCCGCCUACCAAUCCGCCGAAACUGUGCUGAAAACCAUGCCCAUCUAUCAGGAUGGUUAUGCACUGCAAAAGUUCUGCUCCCAGUGGGAGUAUUGGCACAACGACCUGGACCGCAAACUGGUGUCACAGGUGUUUGCCGCUGAGCCAGAGUUGGAGGUACUGAUGCAGCUGGUGAAGGGCAGCAAUGAGCACUGGGAUGAAGAGCUUCUAAAGUCUCAGGAUUGGUAUGAAUUUCUUCCCGGCUAUUUGCUGUAUACACGACCAACUUGCAAGCCAUUCGAGCUGCGCAUUGCUGUCACUAAUUGGCACAAUCGCUGGUCGCAGCUACGUCCCGAUUGGCAGAUGACACAGAUGAGUCGCAUGGUUAGGCAGCUGAUGGAUCACGAUGUCAAGCUGUUCAUCUACGAAGCUCAAAAGCUAAACGAUAGCCACUGGUUUGCCACACAUCUGAUCGAUCUGAUCUAUCACUCUGGCCAACUCAAGACCCAUUUUGAUCAGCAGAAUCUAGACCUGCCUGCUUUGCGCCAUGCGAUGAUUUUUGAGUUUGGUAGCUAUUUGAUGACCACACACAAUCUCUGGCAGCUUGGUAUUGAUUACUUGGAUCAUUGUGGUCAGGAAGGCAUUGCGGCCAUUGAGUUGCUGCUGCCACGCAUUCCAUUAAAAACUGAACGGCAGGCGUUCAAGAUUUUAGCACUCGCCAAGCGUCGCGGCCUUGUCAAUGUCGAGCAAGACAUCUGCAAGGUUCUUUCGAGGCGAGCCUACAAUGAUCAACGCUUUGGCAGCGCACUGGAAUGGGCGAUACGCUCCAAGGAUGUCCUUGCAGUCACAGCCAUUGCUGACUUUAUAUUAAAGCACUAUUCUAAGACGGGCAUUAUGCUCUGCCAAGACGUGAUCACAAGCAUUGGAGGUCGCAUGUUUUUGUCACCUCGCUUGGUCUUUCUCUCCAAGUACUACGAAUUCUAUGAGUUUUAUCGACAGCGCGACUUUUUGUCCGGAGCCGAGCUGCUCAUUAACCUCUUGGCUUCAAGAAUAACCCCUGAUUAUUUUUGGCCAUCGCUGCUAAUUGAUGCAUUGCCGUUGCUGGAGUCUGAGGAUCCGAAGAUAUUUUCCAAGGAAACAAUUGCCAUAUUGCAGCAUCUGGAAAUGGAGCUGGUGCCGCUAAUAGAACGCAACAAGCUCAACACUGCCAAGUUUAGCAACCAAACUUCGAAGACCAUUUUCAAAGAUUAUCGCGUGGAAAAUAUCGAAGAAAUUCUGGACUUAAUGCGCUUGGCGUGUGCUCGCAAUCUAGCGAGAGCUAUGAUUAUUGAAAAUACGGCGCCCGCAUCGUGAUUUUUCAAAACAAUUUCAAAACGCAUUUUGUUUAUAGUGUAAUUUAUUGUGUAUUUCGGUUUCCAAUACAUCGCAAUUUUAAUCAUCUUGUAA